AUGUCUGGUAGAGGAGGGAAAGCACUCACAAUAAUCGCAAUAGGUGCCAUUGGCUGGUAUACUGGAGUGAAGUUUUGGCAACCCUUGAUUGUGGAACAACUCAAGAAAGACGGCAACCUACGUGAUGAUAUCUACAUUCGUGAGGUUGACGACCAGCCCAGUUCAUGGAACGAUGUUAAGACGACCUUGAAGGAAACGUUAAACCCUUCCUUGAAGGAUGUUCCCAGAGAAGAGCUAAAAGAUGACCUUCGACAUGCUGAAAUAAAGGUUGACUCUGUCGAUAGCAAAGGCAAUACAAGCUAA